AUGGCAUUUACACCACGAGGAGGUCGUGGCGACAGCCGUGGCGGCCGUGGCGGGUUCGGUGGUCCUCCCCGCGGUGGACGAGGUGGUGCACGAGGUGGACGAGGAGGCUUUGGCGGUGGUGACCGAGGCGGAUUUGGUGGACGAGGCCGCGGUGGUCCUCGAGGUGGUCGAGGUGCUCCCCGAGGCGGCGAUAGAGGUGGCAGAGGAGGACGAGGAGGAUUCGGUGGCGCCGGCGCAAAAGGCGGACAGAGAGUGGUCAUUGAACCGCAUAGACAUGCCGGCGUGUUCGUCGCACGUGGUAAGGAAGAUCUGCUCGUCACGAAGAACAUCGCGCCCGGCGAAUCGGUCUAUGGAGAAAAGCGAAUCUCGGUCCAAAACCCGCCCGCAGAAGGCGCAGCAGAUGGUGACGCUCCCACGUCCAUCGAAUAUCGUGUCUGGAAUCCUUUCCGAAGCAAGUUGGCUGCGGGUAUCCUUGGUGGUCUGGCAGACAUCCACAUGAAGCCCGGCUCCAAGGUCCUCUAUCUCGGAGCCGCAUCCGGAACGUCCGUCUCUCACGUCGCUGACCUCGUGGGACCCACCGGCGUAGUCUACGCCGUCGAAUUCUCUCACCGAUCUGGACGAGAUCUUAUCAACAUGGCGACUCACCGAACCAAUGUUAUCCCCAUCGUUGAGGAUGCCCGACACCCGCUCCGAUACCGCAUGCUCGUUUCCAUGGUUGACUGCAUCUUCGCCGAUGUUGCGCAACCCGAUCAGGCCCGUAUCGUUGCCCUGAACGCUCACUUGUUCCUCAAGGUUGGCGGAGGCGUCGUCGUGUCCAUCAAGGCCAACUGCAUCGACAGCACGGCCGCGCCGGAGGUUGUGUUCUCCAAAGAAGUCGAGAAGCUAAGGUCAGAGAGGAUAAAGCCCAAGGAGCAGCUUACCCUUGAGCCUUUCGAGAGGGACCAUGCCAUGGUCGUCGGCGUCUACCAGAGAAGUGCUUAG